AUGCGCACUAGGUCGUCGACUUACGAUUGCAAUCCUUCGCCAUGUAACUUCCAAUGUAAAGGCAACGAGGGUAAAUGUCAAUGUGAUUGUACAUGUUGUGAAAAGAAACGUGAAGCGGAAAGUAAACGCCUUGCUGCCGCCUCCCUUCAUUCCACCAGUCUACACUCUCCCUCUGAUUCCUCCGAUGCUCAGUCUCACGUUGCCAAACAAGAGUAUCCGUCCCCUUCCGAAGAUGAGCUCCAAGAAAACAAUUCUCAACACUUUUCCAUUUCCCCCAACACCAUCGCCGCCGUCAUCGUUGGCAUCAUCGUCGCCAUCAUCCUGCUCGACCUGUGCAUCUUCCGAUUCCCGGUGGGCCGCAACAUCCGCGAUUUCCUCGUCCGCAAGAUACCCUUCUGCAUCGCGUUCUACAGCUGA